AAUGCCUUGUGCAAAUUGGAGUCACUACAUAUGACAUAGCCAGACGUGUCUCCUGCUCUCUGCUUGAGAUCAACAAGAGAGAGAGAGAGAGAGAGCAAGAGAGACGCUGCCGCCAUUGGCAUUGUUUGUAGGCGAUCGAUCGAGCAAUCGUGGAUGGGGAGGAAGCCGUGCUGCUCCAAGGAGGGGCUGAACAGGGGGGCAUGGACGGCAAUGGAGGACGACAUCCUGGUGUCCUACAUCGCCAAGCACGGGGAGGGCAAAUGGGGAGCCCUCCCCAAGAGAGCCGGGCUGAAGCGGUGCGGGAAGAGCUGCCGGCUGCGGUGGCUCAACUACCUGCGGCCGGGGAUCAAGAGGGGCAACAUCUCCGGCGACGAGGAGGAGCUCAUCCUCAGGCUCCACACUCUCCUCGGCAACAGAUGGUCGCUGAUAGCCGGGAGGCUGCCGGGGCGAACAGACAAUGAAAUCAAGAACUACUGGAACAGCACCCUCAGCAAGCGGGUCGCCAUGCAACGGACCGCCGCCGCCACCAGCAUGCCGGCGGCGGCCACCACCAGCAGCAAUGCCGACGCCGCCGGCGCUGCUGCACGACGCCGGCGAUCGCCGGAGCCCCGCACGGUCGUCGUCAGCCCAAUCCGGACCAAGGCGCUGCGGUGCAACAACAACAGCAGCAGCGGGAUAGUGGUGGUGCAGCAGGCAGGCGCCUGCAGCCACGGCGGCCGUCCGCCGGAGAGCGGCGCGCCGGGAGACGCGGCGGCUGAUAAGGUGGCCACGCCGCAGGCGGUGCAGCAGCAGCAGCAGCAAGAGCUGGCCGGAGCGGAGGAUGACGACGACCUGCCGGUGCCGGCCGUCUGUAUCGACCUUGACUUGGACGACAUCGAGCUGGGAGGACUCGACGGCUUCCUGAUCAGCCCGUGGCGCGGCGGCGGCCACGACGACGGUAACGCCGCCGCCGGAGCGGUGCCGAAUCUGCCGAUGCCGAUUGGCUAUGAGCUCGGCGGCGCCGGUGGCGGUGGCGAGGCUGGAGCUGUUGACCUGGAGGCGUUGCUGGGGCAGCUGGAAGCAGAGGAAGACGACGACGGUGACCACCACCACCACCACCACCACCACCACCACCAGUAGGAGGAGGAGGUGCCUUCUUCGCUUGGGGACGAAGACGACGACUACUUGGAGUUCGCGCCAUGGCUCCUCUGAUAGCGGCAUCCAUCCAUGGAUCAUUGUGGAAUCGAAUCAGUCGAGCUGAGAGUUGAGAGUUGAGAAAGAUCGAUGAUUGCUUUGCUGGUCGUGUGUUCCUGCGAGUCGGAUCAUCGGCACGAAGAGAGAUCUCAUCGAUUAAGUAGGCGCAGAAGGCGUACGUUGAAGCUUAGCUGCUGAAGAAUUACUGACGUAGUCAGAUGACCAUUUCCUUAUAUAUUGUACAGAUUAUAAUGGAGCAGAUUAAAUAAAUCUAAACACACCGCAUUUGAUCAAAAUAUGAAAUGGUCGUAGUAUUAGGAUUAGUCCCAUCCGAUCCUAGAUUGUUCUAUUUUGGAGGGGAUGUAGUACUAAGAAAAAUGUGUGUGAAAGAAAAGCAUUGAUCAAAAUAUGAAAUGUUUUAUUAAGUGAGAAGAA